UCUUGUAAAAUAUUUUAACAAAUAUUAUACAUUAUAUAUUACAUAAUAACAUUUUUUUCACAUUCGUAAAAAAUUCGUAAAAAAUUAUAUACAUUAUACAAUAUAUUAUUAUAUACACAUUCAUAUAUAUAUGAAAUAUUAAUCAUGAAAGCUAGUAAACAUCCAUAUUAUUUUUUAUUUGUAAAACUAGCACAGAUAAUUUUUACUAAUAUUAUUAUCAAUUUAUUAGAAGUUACAUCAUAUGUUACUUGGUCAAAUUAUGUUGAUGAACUUAAUUCAUCAAAAUUUUAUCCACAAAUCAAUAUUGAUAAGUCAGUGUAUUUUAAGAAGCAACCUUUACCAACUGAUAAAUCUAUAACUUAUAAUGGACAAGUUAAAAUAUGGUAUUAUAUCGUAGUAGCAACAACAUUAUUGGGAGCAAUUGUUUAUGUAUCAAAUUAUAGGUGGUUAUGGAAUCAUGCAUUAAGACUUAUAUUAAUGGAAUUAUUCUUCUUUGCAUUAUGGUUUUCAUCAGGUAAAAUCAUUUUCAUGUCGUUUAUUUUUUUUUUUUUAAAAAAAAAAGCAAGAUGCCAAUUUAUAUUCUUUUUUCCUUCUUUUUCAGGAGUGGCAAAUUUUGAUCCGUGGUAUUCAGGACCAGGGUUAAGAUGUGACCUAAUUAAUACAAAUUCUAAACAUCUUGAAUUAACAAAAUUAGCAGAAUUAGCACAAUUACAAUGCAAUACAGAUGUAGCAAGUAUAUCAUUUGGAUGGAUAAAUGUAGGAUUAUAUGUUAUAUCAUUAUUAAUCGCGAGAAAACGAUCAUCAGAAUUGGAUUGGGCUAACGUGAGAACAUAUAAUAGUAGUCAAGAUAGUGAAGAAAAUGAUAAUCCAAGAGAUUCAAGAAGACAAUCUAGAGGUUCAAGAACCUUUAAUCUAAGAAAUAAUGGUGGUGGUAAUCGUCCUGUAUUCUUUUAAAAUAAUAAUAAUUAUUGUUUUUUUUGUUUUGAAAAAAAAAAGAGAGAAGCAGACUGUUGUGUUUUUCCUUUUUUUUAAAAAAAAGGAA